UCAGUCAACACGAUGCGUGGUAGCGUGCUUCUAGGCCUCCCGGGUCUUUUGCCUUUCGCUGCAGCAUUGCCAGCCUCGGAGGCAAAUGCACCGCUUCUGUCUCGUGGCGUCUCGCCUCACUGCCCGCAGCACCACCAACAUGAUUUCGUUGCCUCCAAUGGCCGACGCUUCCAGAUCGAAUGCGGCUCGAACCAUGGAGGUCUCGAUAUCCCUGUCGAAACCUUGUCCAGGCCCACUCUUCAGGGCUGCACCGAGGCGUGCUCUGCCGUCAGUCGCUGUGCUGGCCUGACUUUCGAUCCGACCACCACCUCAUGCAGCUUGAAGUUCACCUUCACUGCAGGCUCUUCCGAUGAUGUUGCUAGCAACACCAAUAAGUGGGGUGCUCGUCUUGUUGCUGAGGCUCCAGGUGUCGAUCCAAUCGAACCGCUCGCCAUCACUGGCAAGCGUAUCGCGCUCAAUGAUGGCACUUUGACUUCCUCCCUUCGAGAGGUCAUGGCGCAGGUCCUCACCGAGGCCGAAAUCGAACAAUCUGAGCGCAGAUUGGAGCGCGAGAUCGAGAGCUACAUCAAAUUUGCUCACCGUGAAGCUAACAUGGCUCGCCGCAUAGGCAAGUACGUCAAUGUCAACAAGGCUGUUGAGGACUACGCCGAGAAGAUGUUCAAGCGCGAGUACGGCGAGAUGCACUCUGAAUUGGCCAAGCGCGGUGAUGUCAGCGCAGAUUAUGGUGCUGAGAACGGAGGAGCCGAUCAAGGUUACGGCGAGAAUGUGGCCGAGGAGGACAACAGCAAAGCAGUACCAGUCGCCCCUGUAGUAGAGGCCAAUGGUAACAAGGACCACAUUGUUCCAGGGGUUGGCCAAGAGCAGGACGAAGAAGCUCAAGUGGAAGAAAGCUACGGCAAUCCAGGUGAAAAUCGCAAAGGUAUAGAGGAAGAUGCCGCUGCAAUUGAUGAGAACGGCGAUGAGACCGAAGAUGAGUAUGGCAAUGACAAUGGAGAGGGCGAGAAUGAGGAUGAGGAUGAUUCUGAAGUCCUCAAAGUUGAGUAUGUAAUUGACAGUGACAAUAACAAUCCAGUUGAGAACGCCUAUACCAGCAAGGAUAACGGCGAGGAUCACAGCAGUUACGCAGCGCACAGCAAACGAUAUGCGCAUCAAAAUUACACCAAGGCCGUCACAGCCGCUGUCGAGUCAUCAGCCCAACCAUCUUCUUCAUCCUCUGCGAAUCUGGCUGCUGCGGCAUACAGUGUACAUUCUCCUCAGCCGUAUGGAAGACCAGCGUUCCAAUCUGAGCGCGUGAUCACGGAGACCGUCUUCGUUACAACCACACCGGCUGUAGUAAGCUCAAUUGCACCGUCCACCAGCAGCAGCAAGGUCACCUCGAUCAAAAAAUAUCUGAAGAGUCCUUUGCCCCUUCCAAGUGCUCGUACAUCCACAAAGACUGUCCUUGUAACUGCGACGCCUUCUUAUGAGGCUUCAAGCAUUGCAGAGCCCUCUUCUACACCUGCUAGUUUCUGGGGCUUUGGCUCUUCUUCUACGGGUGUUGCGCUAGCGGAAUACAGUUCCUCGUCUGCCCCGGUCCAAUACUCGCCAUCAGCUAUCUCAUCUGCACCCUCAGUAUCAACGACAGCCUCGGCGUGGUUCUCGUUGCCUUCCAGCUUCUCAUGGGGCUUCCAACGCCGACCUGUCCACAGCAAGGCUUCAAUCCAACCUUCAGCAGAGGUUUCGCUGGCCACAUUGAGUGAGACUCCGUCCGCAAGCUUUGCCGUCUUUCCCCAUCGCCAGUAUCUCCAGCACCCAGCCGUCCCAACUCCUAAUGUUGUCACAAAAACCAUUCAUAUUAAGGCGUCUGCCCACAAGGGCUUUGAGUUUGGUCUAGUUGCGGAAGUGGCUCCGACCGCUGCUAGCUCAACCCAGGCCUUUGACUUUGGUCAAUUUGAGGCAGCAUCUUCAACGCCUGCUGCUACCUCAACUGAGGCAUUUGAGUUUGGUCAAUUUGAGUCAGCAUCAUCCACUCCGGAAUCGUCAUCCAUCCCAGCAUUCGAUUUUGCUCAGUUUGAGUCUGCUUCAGCAACUCCGACGUCGUCAUCUUCUGCUGCGUUUGACUUCGCCCAAUUUGAAGCUUCUACCACGGCUGGUGCUAAGUCUUCUUUCUCUUAUGCUGGCAAAGAAGCUUCAUCAACCGCAGAAUUUGACUUUGCCGAACUCACAGCGACACCUUCGGCGACUGCUCAAGCUUCAAGCAUUGCAUUCGACCUUGCUGAAUUGUCAGUAUCAUUCUCUACUCCUGCAGAAACUUCUUCAGUCCCUGCAUUCGAUUUCGCUGGGCUUUCCGUGGCCGUUUCGAGCGCUGCUGUAGAGCCCGCUUCCACCCCAGCAGCAGAAUUCACUCCAUCCUUCGAGGCCGCUGCUAGUACUGCUGCAAAGUCGUCCUCAGGCAAACAAUAUAUCCUCACUACACCGACUUUCAAGGCUAUUUCCAGCACUCCCACACCUUCAUCCUCUACCCCAGCAUUCGAUUUUGCUCAGUUCUUUGAGGUUACAUCAGGCGCUGCUGUAGAAGCGUCUUCUACUCCGGUAUUCGAAUUCGCCCAAUCCUUUGAGGCUACUUCUAGUGCUCCUUCGCCAUCAUCUACUCCCGCUGAGUUUGACGAGUUCUUUGCUGCUGCUUCUAGCACUGCCGCAGAGCCUUCCUCUACCCCAGCUGAAUUUGAUCAGUUCUUUGCGGCUGCUUCUAGUACGGCCACGGAUCCAUCUUCUACUGCGGCAUUCGAGUUUGAUCAAUUCUUUGAGAGUUCUUCAGUCACUGCUACUCCUUCCUCCUCCACUCCAGUCUUCGGUUUUGCUCAAUUCGAGGAGGCCUCCACAACCGCCGCCGAGUCGUCAGCAAGUUCUGCAUUCGAUUUCGCUCAGUUUGCAGCCGCUAGCAGUUCCAUUCCAAGUGCCUCGUCCUCUUCCGCCUUUGAAUUUGCAGAUUUCGAAGCUGCAACUGGAACUGCGACACCUACGCCAUCCUCCACUGCGGCAUUCGAUUUCGCCGACUUUUUCGCCGCGGCAUCGUCUACCGCUGAGGAGAGCGCAUUUGCUGCCCCUUCGAGCACAUUUGACUUUGCUCAACUGAAGGCUUCUUCAUCUGCUACACCUGCUGCGGAGUCUGCCGCAGCCUCAUCUACGCCUGCAUUCUUUGCAUCUUUUACUGCUUCCGCUGCUGCAACCUCUACCCCUUCGUUCGGUGGUGUUAGGCCCAGCGGCUCCGCCAGCACCGGCACCCCAUCCGCCAGCCUCAAGCACCCUCACUCCAAGCCCUCGGAAGAAGCCCGCCCUGAAUGGUCGGCCCCAAGCUUCGGCGGCAAGGAGGUAUCCAGCGGGCAGUUGGACCUUGUGCAAAGCAAAGAUGCCGGUGGCUCCGCCGACGAAGAGUCCAUUGAGUUCUGGAGCGAAGAGAAGACUGCUCUCAGCGACUCUUGGGAGAAGGAAGGCUACUGGGGUACUCACCAGUAGAUUCAUAGUUAUUGAGUGCUCCUCUUCGCCCUCUUAGCCCUCUCAGCCCUUUUAGCCCUCAUUUGGAUACUGAUUACUAUCUGCCAUUACGUUAACAGGUCAGUGCGCUGUCAUAAUAGGCACUUGUGUGGUGGAAUAGAGUCGUAUUCUAGUUUAUAAUGUGGAUGAUUGAUCCUGGUGAGCCCACUUUGCGAUGUUGAGGGCCUCGGAAACAUUCGAAACGAAGUUCAAUUAUAGUAUUAGACUGCAUUGUUUUCUUUGAUGAUAGUCUAAUUGUCAAUUAAUACGUUGCCUGUUCAUUAAGAUCAUGGUAUCAUUCGUGGUAAUUUUGCAGGGCUAUCGUGAGAAAGAACAGUACAUGAAGGCAAAGAUGAAGUGAAC